AUGUCAUCCGCCGUCACCGAGACGGACGAGUCGGCGCGCGGCUCCCCGCUGACGCCGCUGAAGCUGGUCGGGCUGGUGUGCGUCUUCCUGGCACUCUGCCUGGACGUGGGCGCCGUGAUGAGCCCUGCGUGGGUGACCGCCGACGACCAGUACUACCUGUCCCUGUGGGAGUCCUGCUGGAAGCCAGCGAGCACCGAGAACUGGCAGUGCAGCAGCACGCUGGGUUCAGACUGGCAGGUUGCUACGCUGGCCCUGUUGCUAGGGGGUGGAGCCCUGGUGCUGAUGUCAUUCCUGGUCGCACUGGUUGCCGUGUGCAUCGGUACAAGGCGGCGAUUCUACGCACCCGUCGCCUUCAUGCUCUUCGCUGCAGUUGUCCUCCAGGCCUGCAGCUUGGUCCUCUACCCCAUCAAGUUCAUCGAGAGCAUCAACCUGAGGAUCUACCACGAGUUCAACUGGGGCUACGGCCUGGCCUGGGGCGGGACCAUCUUCUCCUUCGGCGGGGGGAUCCUCUACUGCCUCAACCCCAAGAACUACGAGGAGUAUUACUAG